AUGUUAAUCGGUUUCAUGCUCGAUACCAAGGAGCUCUCUUUAUCCUAUUAUUUUUUCUUUUUCCUUCCACAAUUUUCAUAACUGGGCCUUCUUGGGAAACAGAUGGCUUCAUCUGCAUAAUUUGUCCUUGGUGUUAACCCCAAUGGACUCUGCUAUGCCUGCAGGUUGGCUCAAGGUCCCAGCUCUUCCCCGUUCCAAGUUAUGCACAGUGAAAACUUUAAUACCAGUGUGAACAAGAGAGUGAUCCGCAGUGUUGCACGUUGCAAUACAUAUGCAAUAUAAGAUUCAGCAAUCUUCUAGAUGGACGUAGGAAAAUUCAAGACAGAAGCGUAAUUGACGGGAACAAUUGAAAAUUCAGCAGUCAGCUAUCAACAAGAAGGAAGUAGGAAGCUUUUAACCCCAAUUGUCUUCACAAAAACAAGCAAGGUCGUUGUCGGUUAAAGAGACAAAGUUGAGAUUAAGAGGGCAGGAACUUGACAGAGAGGACCAGAUCAUGGCAGAAAUAGCAGUUGCAGCAGCAAUUGGUGUUGUGCAGAUCUUCCUCGGUCAAAUAAACCCAGAGCUGAAGAAAAAAAGUUGACAUCGGCCUUAUCAAAGGACAUUUGGAAACCAUGCGAGCCUACCUCAAGGACAUUAAGCAACGAGAACAAGACACUGAAGGUGCUAGAGAUCGAAGAAACAAAGUACAGGAGAUUGCAUACAAGAUUGAGGAUGCUCUUGAAGAGUUCAUGGUUGAUGUGCCAGAACACUUCCAUAAGCACAAAUUCUCCCAAGCUCUUCAUAACGUUUCCCACAAAGUCAUGGACUAGAGACCAUUCCAUAGAUUGUCCUCCCGUAUAAAUGAUAUUCAAGCCAAGAUCAGAGAUAUCAAAGAGUUAGAUUCAUUUCGCAAAUCUUCCUCUGGAGUAGCCUCAAGUUCCCGUGCUGAAGGAGUCCCUGACCUGGCUUAUCCUAUCCUCAAAAAUGAUGAGCUCGUGGGCAUGGAGAGGCGUACAUCUGAUCUUCUUGAUCGUCUUAUGAAGGAAGAAUCAAAGCGUCUGGUGAUUUCGGUAGUUGGAGCCAGUGGCUCUGGUAAGACCAUUCUGAUAAAAAAAGUUUGUGAGAGUGAAGAGGUGAAGGGUCAUUUUGAAUGUCAUGCUUGGGUUCCUCAUUCAACCUCCUGCAAAGACACCUGGGAGAAAAUUUGCAAAGAAAUGGGAGUACCAGUUCCCCCAGGAGGACAAAUAGAAGAGAAUUUGGUCAACUACUUGGAAGAUAAAAGGUAUCUCGUGGUUUUGGAUGGAGUUUGGAAAGAAGAUUGGUGCAACUGCAUUAAUAUAUUACCCGACAAUGGCAAUGGCAGUAGAGUAAUCUUCUCCACAUGCAGGCUUGAUUUAGUUUCUAAAUAUUCAGAUGAUUCCUACAAUCUAGAUCCAUUAUCAGGCAACGAGGCUUGGGAGCUCUUCUGUAAGAAGGCCUUCCGUGGCAGUGAAUGUCCUAAGCACUUAAAAGAGAUAUCUGAAGAUCUCUUGAGCAAUUGUGAAGGGCUGCCACUUGCAAUAGUGACCUUGGGCAGUCUAUUAUCAACUAAAUGCCGAACACCAGCAGAGUUCCAGAAAGUGCUCGACAGCCUAGGACAUAAUCUGGACAGAAAUUUCGAAUUUGGGAUCAUGAAGAGAGUAUUGGAGCAAAGAUAUUUCAAUCUCUCCCACAAUCUUAAGCGCUGUUUCUUGUACUUUUGCAAUUUUCCUGGGGGUUAUCCUGUUACACGUGGGAGACUGAUUCGGUUGUGGAUAGCUGAAGGAUUUGUUGAGGAGAAAGGAGAACAAGCACUGGAGGUGGCAGAUGCAUACCUCAAAGAGCUCAUCAGUGGAUGCUUGGUCGACACAAACACAAGGGAUGUCCAAGGCCUGGUAAGAAGUUGUCAAGUUAAUAAUCUUGUGAGAGAAUGCCUUGUUUCAAUAUCUGAAGAUGAAAGAUUCUGUAAAGUUUUGACCAGAGAAAACUUUGAUGAAUAUGAUCACCGUAGCAAUCGCCAUAUAGCAAUCCAUGAUGCUUUCACCGAUUCAUUGCAAAGCAAGGAUUUCUCUCAUGUUCGCACCUUAUUCAUGUUUGGAAAAGAGAAUUUUACUGCUUCCGUAUUUGGAAAAGCACUAGAGCGCUUCAAGUUUUUGAGAGUUUUGGAAUUGAAAGAUGCACCUUUGGAAACUUUUCCAGAAGUUGUCAAUCUCACCCUAUUAAGGUAUUUGAAUCUGAGGAAUACCAAGAUAAAGGCAGUUCCAGGCUCAGUAAAAAAGCUUCAAAACCUAGAAACUUUGGACCUCAGACAAACUUUUGUUUCCAAGUUGCCCAAAAUUAUCUGUGAAGUUCGUAAACUUGUCCAUCUUUUAGUGGAUAAGCUAAAUGAAGAUCAAGGUCGGGUAGCAGCAGGUGUGUUUUCAGGAAUUGGGGAUUUAGCGUCCUUACAGAAGUUGUCACUGAUCAAAGCAAACAAGAACAAGCGAAUUGCCAAGGAAUUGGGAAAUUUGACUGCAAUGAGGAAACUUGGGAUCACAGAACUUGAAAGCAGGGAUGGAAAGGAUUUGUGUGCAUCGAUCCAGAAGAUGAAGCAUCUUUCCUGUUUGCAUGUAACAUCAAGAAGCAAGGAGGAAGUUCUUGAUCUGGAUUACAUGUCUACCCCUCCAAGCCUGCUUCACAGACUAUCUCUGGAAGGAAAAUUGCGUGUAACACCUUCAUGGAUUUCCAAACUUCGUAGUCUGGUCAAGAUGAGUCUAAAAUCAUCCAGAUUAGAUGGUGGUCUGAUUGAGGCCCUUCAAGCUUUGCCUUGUCUCAUGGAGCUCCAAUUGGUUGAUGCUUUCAAUGGGGAAGAGUUGGAAUUUAGAUGCAAUUCGUUUCAGGAACUUAGGAUGUUAGAAGUUGAACAAUCGGAUCACCUGCACACGGUGCUAGUGCAUGAAGGAGCAAUGCCUAAUCUUCAAAAGCUUACUAUGAGAAGAUGUAAGAACUUGAAGUUGGCUCCCUUGGGACUUAAUAAUCUCACCAGGCUUGAGGAAAUGCAUCUGUAUGAAAUGUCAGAGGAGCUCAAAACUGAACUUGACAACUUAAGGAUGAUUGAUCACAUUCAAGUCAUCCAUACUUCUUGCUCUCCGGUGAACAGCACGUACCCAAGUUUCCGAAAUCUUUCAUCGUUUGCCAGAUAUUGAAAUUCAUCCAUGCCACGGUCAGGCUGCAUUCAGGGAAGGUUUCAUUCUACUAUCUAGACAUGGCUCUCCAUUUCUAUUUAUUUGUCUUCUUUAGGUGUUUGGAUGCUGUUUCCUUUUAUUUGGAUUAUAUGUUUGUUGUUCAGUGGAUUUCAAAUAAGAUGAGGGAUGAAACCUUUUCAGGAGUCAAUAUGUAGUUUUAA